GAAAUACGAGUGAGGCGUUCGCACAAGUGCGGGGACGGGAGCGGGCCGGAGAUAAUCAUUGGCUACCUUCGACUCCAGAUAAGAAAUGUCUGAUCAUCUCGAUAUUUACGCUUCAAUUCUCCAGCCAAUAAGUGGUAACAAUUCGUGGAAAUGCAUGUGAACGAUGCGUCCGCGGGGCGUCCUCUACAUCAGCAGUACAAUGAAGCAAACCUACAGCCAACUGCCAUCUCCCACGUAGGUCAGAAUCUACUGUGAUUCCUCAUGUACCUUGCUGAUUCGAUCACGCAGCUAUGUUGCGACAAAACAUGUAUGAUGGAUGACGACCGUUGGAGCUUGACCGGUGAGACAACCAUGGUGGUCGGAAAACACGCUGUAGCAAUUGCGUUAUGGCAGGAUAUAAGAAUAAAUCUCCCUUUGUCCACAAUGGCUACGGAUACAGGACGAAAGACACCCAGGCGAGAUUCCGUUGUGGGAAGCAUCAAUUCCCCGGAUGGAACGGCAGAAGUAGUGCGAGGUUUUUGCAGCGCACUAAAGGCAUUCAAUUCUGAGCAGGGGUUCCAAAGCCUAGCUGAGCUGGUAGACAGAGUCCCAAAACUUGAAGCGGAUCUACUGGGAAAAGAGAGGGCACUGGCCUUGUCCCACGAGACCAGCGAGCGCGAGAGAGAAGUACGCCAAAACGAACGACACGAGGACCUUCAGCUGUACAGUGCAGAAUACAAACGGUGGGAGAAAGAGAAGACACGUGUUGAGCAACGGAUCGCUGAACUACAGACGAGCAUCACGAAGAGAGACCAAGCCAUCGCUGAAAAAGAAGCCAAGGAGGCGAGUCUGAAAGACGCAGGGCGUAAGUUUGAAGAUCUGUACAGAUCAACACAGGCCAAGUUGAAAGCGAGGGACGGCGAGAUUACACAGCUUAAGCAACAGAACCAGGAUAAAUGUACCAAGGCCGAAAGUCUUGCGGCAGAUCUCAAGAAGUCACGAGGCGAGGUGUCUUCUUUAGAUGCCUUGUUGCAAAACAUGCAGCAGCACAAUGCGCAGCUCGGUUCGUCUUUGAAAGAGACCCAGGACCAACAGAAAGAGAUUGCCAGCUACUCUGCAGAACUCCAGGAUAUUGACGCCGAUCAACUGGCACAGGAGCUGAGCGUAAUCUGGGUGUCAGUCACUCUACUGAUCAGAAAGUUUGUCGGAGUUGAUUUGAACGAGAGCAUGCUCAAGCGAGACUGGAAGAUCCUGGACGAUGCUGCCGGGUAUCUACCGAUCAGGCAGCUUCCGCAGUCCAAUACGCAAAUCGCCAAAGAACUGCGAGUGGUCAAGGUCCUCGCUAUUCUAGCGGAAUCGAUUCACAAACACCUUCUACAGCCAUUAUACCAACCACCCAACGAAAACUGUGCCUUGAGCGGAGCUCUUUAUGACCUCGCGUCUAUCGAACCAAAUCGGGAGAGGAUACUGAGAGGUAUGCUUCUGGCUGCGCUCGAGGAUCAGCGGGAACAGGCCGAGUUACAACUGUUGGACUGGAUAAUUGACGAUGUCGUCCAAAAACAAGGUGUCGGAAUGGUAAUCCGCCCAGAUCUUGCCAGUGAAUUUGAGGACACUCUUGAGAACAUCUUGACUGACGUGCAAGACAUUUGGCACAAGGUCCAACUUAGUACGCAGGUGUUCGAGUCACGCUUCGACGUUACUCAAGUCACGGACUUUAAUUUCACGGACUUUGAAAGGCAGAUUCCAGGAUUCCAGCCCAGCGAUCCGUCAAAGACGCAGCCCUACGAUGAUGACGAUGACGUUGUCAUCCUGUUCCCCACGAUUUUCCGUGUAGGCAACGAGAUGAUACCCAUCACUACUGGCACGAUCGUGCGGAAGAGCCGAAUCAGCGCUUUGGUCAAGGAGGAGCGGCAUAUUUCUCGAUCUGCCGAGCCGGACCCACCCAGGCCUCGGCAGAGACAGAGGACCAUGUCCAUGUCCAUGAGCAGCAGUGCACGAAAUGGAACAGCGAAAGAGGCUUUUUUACCUCGACCAGGCGGAGCAGCCGACGGACCAUCAAAGGUGUAAUGGCCCUACUAGGGAGAUGGAGGCGUGAUUAGGUGUUUGUUAGUGAUCUAGUU